AUGCCUUCUCCCGGGCCACCUUUACCGCCCGGCAUACUCGUUGAUGAAGAGAUCUCGCCAGUAUACGACUCCAGAUACUUCUACGCAGCAAAGGCUGGAGAGUUACUCGCGGAUCGUUACCAAAUCUUGGUCAAGGUUGGCUGGGGCGUAUCUUCAACAGUAUGGCUCGCACGUGAUCUGCAAGGGCAUGACGAAGAGCCAGAGAGCGUGGUGACACUGAAAAUCGCCAAUCACAAUGCAACUAGUCGUGAGCGCGAAAUUGAAGAGCAUAUUUCCAUGGCAGACCCAUCUCAUCGCGGUCGAUCACUUAUCCGAACAGUACUAGACUCUUUGAAGUCAAAGGCCCAGAAGGCUCUCAUCCAUGUCUUGUGUAUCCACCUAUGA